CCACGCCCUGCAUUCUUGCAGGCACCACCCACAGAUCACUUCAGGGCAAGUGGCAGAGCAAGCAAGGAACGACAUCAGACUGGCUGAGAGAUAAGUGAAGAGCUGAUGAUGGAAGUUCAGCAGCGAUUAGAUACUAUAGAUCCUGCAUCUCUCAAACGCUUAGAGUUGGUGGAGAUUGAAGGGGUUUCUUUGCCUGAUACCAUCGUGGAGCAAUGGGAUGCUAUAUCUGGCUUUAAAGCUCGGCCUGAUGACCUUCUCAUUUCCACAUAUCCCAAAGCAGGGACAACAUGGAUGCAGGAAAUAGUAGACAUGAUCCACCACGGAGGGGACCCUCAGAAAUGUGCUCGGGCUCCCAUCUAUGAACGGAUUCCAUUCAUAGAGAUGUGUCCCCCCAAACCCAUCCGCACAGGUUUUGAAGAAGCAGAGGCAAUGCCCUCCCCACGCACACUCAAAACUCACCUGCCAGUUCAUCUCCUACCAUCUUCCUUCUGGGAGCAGAAUUGCAAGAUCAUUUACGUGGCCAGAAACAUCAAGGACAAUGCAGUUUCCUAUUUCCACUUCCAUCAUAUGAGCAAACUGAUGCCAGAGGCUGGAAACUGGGAUGAGUUUCUGGAGAAUUUUAUUGCUGGAAAGGUUGCCUGGGGGUCCUGGUUUGAUCAUGUUCGAGGUUGGUGGGAGGCUAAAAAUCAUCACCCAAUUCUGUAUGUCUUCUAUGAAGACAUAAAGAAGGAUCCAGCCCGAGAAAUCCAGAAGGUUGCCCAGUUCCUGGGAUUAGAGCUCUCAGAAGCAGUUCUGGGUGACAUUGUGCAACACACCAAGUUUGAGACCAUGAAGACAAACCCAAUGACUAAUUACACCACCAUGCCUAGUUUCCUCUUAGACCAAGACAUCACUCAAUUCAUGAGAAAAGGCACCGUUGGUGAUUGGAAAGAACAUUUCACGGUGGCUCAAAGCGAACAGCUAGACGAUCUCUGUGCCCGCUUGCUAGCAGGCAAUGGCUUGACAUUCCACACCCAGUUAUAAAUCUGUGCCUCUCACCACUUGGAAUGUUUGCUUUUACCUGUAUUUAAUAAAAUAGACCUUUGCAAGCAAGAGCAGACCAAA